UAAAGGCGGCGGAGGCGCUGCAGCCUGGAUAUUGUGUGAGCCUCUGAGGAAGGGUGCGGCGUAAGUUUAACGCGGAUUGAGUGGUGCCGGCCGGCUCCUUUCGCCAGUAAAGCCCCAGUGUUGCACCGAGAGCUGCUGUUUGUAGAGAGAGAGGAGGAGGAUGGCUGCUAUCCGCAAGAAGUUGGUGGUUGUCGGGGACGGAGCUUGUGGGAAAACCUGUCUCCUGAUCGUCUUCAGCAAGGACGAGUUCCCGGAGGUCUAUGUGCCCACCGUGUUCGAGAACUACGUGGCGGACAUCGAGGUGGAUGGCAAGCAGGUGGAGCUGGCUCUGUGGGACACGGCCGGCCAGGAGGACUAUGACCGCCUGAGACCCCUGUCUUACCCGGACACCGAUGUCAUCCUGAUGUGCUUCUCGGUGGACAGCCCGGACUCGCUGGAGAACAUCCCCGAGAAGUGGGUGCCCGAGGUCAAGCACUUCUGCCCGAACGUGCCCAUCAUCCUGGUGGCCAACAAGAAGGACCUGCGGAACGACGAGAACGUCCGCAACGAGCUGGCCCGCAUGAAGCAGGAGCCGGUGAGGACCGAGGACGGCCGCGCCAUGGCCGUGCGCAUCGGAGCCUACGAUUACCUGGAGUGCUCGGCCAAGACCAAGGAGGGGGUCCGGGAGGUGUUCGAGACCGCCACCAGAGCAGCCCUGCAGAAGAGAGCCCGGCCCAGCAGCGGCUGUGCGAACUGCUGCUCAGUCUUAUGAUGCUGCCUGUUACACUUUCUCACACACACUCUUCCCCCACCCCCACCGUCUCUCUCUGGGGAAACUGAGCUCUCUGUCUCCGAUAUUUAUCUCUCUCGCCUUGGACAGACCGCAGUCCAGCGGGGGAUGGAGCAACUGGGGAUUGACUGACUGAGGAGGGAGGGGUUUUUUUUUGUUUUGGGGAAUAGGAGGGGGAAACGAUCCUUCCUUUCUCCUGAAGGUUUAGUGGAUCCACUGAGGGGAUAUUUUGAUAAGCUUUCCACAUCACUGGCUGCAGCAGGGACUGGACUGAACUGAACACUCUCCAGGGGAGGGAGGGGUAAGUGCGUGGUGUUGUGGUGGGGUGCAGCCUGGGACUAGACACAUAUUUCGAUGUUUUUUUCUCUUUAAAUUAUCUAAGCAUUAUUUUCUCACCAGCGAGAAAAGAUUAGGACCGUGUUUAAUGCCCUCUCGUCUGCUUUUGGCUGUAUGUGGUAGACGAAAGGAAACAGAAUGGGACAACUUUUUGUCAAAGGUCGGGGGUGGGGAGAUGCUGUCUGUCACUGAUCCUGGCUCCCCUUUUGGGGGGGGGGGGGGUAUCCAGUUGCACCGAGAUUUGAGCACAAGAGCCGCCCCUGCUCGGAGACACACACUGGACACGACCCUUUAGCUUUUUUUAUUUGGGGGUUUCUUUCCCCUCGCCAUCUCUCUACAUCCAAGACUGACUGUUCUCAUCUCCAAACCGUUCGAUGUGACUUUUUUAAAAAAGAAAAUAUUGCUCUGGCAUCACAGACAAAAAAAGUUUAAGGGGCACAUUAAAAAAAAAGCUAUUGUUUUGAGGAGUUGAAAGAUGGAUUUUCUGUGUGCUGACUUCUUUUCUGGUCUGAAAGGAAAAAAGACUACCCUUUUAAAGAGGCUGAAAAGUACAUUUGAUAUUUUUGAUACGUCUCCCAUGUGGGUUACUGAGGUUAAUCAUUGUCUCCGUUUUAAAACAAAAAAUGGACCAGAAACAAAAAUGGCGAAGCUAAGACGUGCGCUUGUUUACAUGAUUCUAGAGUGAAUUGUAAGCUGUAAACUCAUUUUCACAAAAGUAUUAAAUAUAAUCGGACCGCG